AGGGCCCAGGCGGCGGGUGCACCAGAGGGAGGGGGAGCGGGCAGCCACAGCCGGGCGGCAACCCUUACAGCCGCUCUCCUCGCCGCCUGCGGGCGGGAAGUGGCGGAGGACACCCUCACCCCACCGCCGCCGCCCGGGGCGCCCGCCCAGCUUCCCCGCCCUCCCCGGGGCCCGGCCUCCAACCACCGGUGCGGAUCCUGCCGGCAGCUGCCCGCCCCGCCGGGCGAGGGGCGGAACCGGCACCACGCGAGGGGCGGCCCUGCCGCCGGCUGCGGCUCUGAAUCCUGCUCCGGUCUCCGGCCGUGGCUGUCGCUCCUGCUUCCCGCUCCCGCCCCGCUCCGCGCCUGCCGCCGCCAUGAGCGCGGACCCCGUCGUCUUUGUCGCCGCCGCCAGGACCGCCGUCGGUUCCUUCAACGGCGGCCUGUCGUCCCUGCCGGCGCACGAACUGGGGGCCGUCGUGAUCCGUGAGGUGCUGCGUCGGGCCGGGCUGGCCCCCGCCGAGGUGUCGGAGGUGAUCCUGGGGCAGGUCCUCACCGCAGGUGCUGGCCAGAACCCCGUCCGGCAGGCGAGUGUUGCUGCGGGAAUCCCUUACUCAGUGCCUGCCUGGAGCUGCCAGAUGAUCUGCGGGUCAGGCUUGAAAGCGGUGUGCCUGGCUGCGCAGUCCAUACUGACAGGAGACUCCAGCAUCGUGGUCGCAGGAGGCAUGGAAAGUAUGAGCAAGGCCCCGCAUGUCAUUCACAUGCGAUCCGGGGUGAAAAUGGGAGAGGCUUCCUUGCAGGACACUAUAAUCCUUGAUGGCCUUACAGAUGCUUUUUAUCAGUAUCAUAUGGGUAUAACAGCUGAAAAUGUGGCCAACCAGUGGCAAGUCAGCAGAGGGGAGCAAGACCAACUUGCUGUACAGUCACAGAACAGGGCAGAGGCAGCACAGAAAGCUGGCUAUUUUACAAAAGAAAUUGUUCCUGUUCUUGUACCUUCGAAAAAAGGUCCUAUAGAAGUUAAAACAGAUGAACACCCUCGACAUGGGAGCAACUUGGAAACAAUGGCCAAGUUAAAGCCCUGCUUCCUGACAGACGGAACUGGGACAGUAACAGCAGCUAAUGCUUCAGGUAUAAAUGAUGGAGCUGCAGCUGUAAUUCUAAUGAAGAAAUCGGAAGCUGCUAGGAGAGGUCUUAUGCCUUUGGCUCGGAUUGUAUCUUGGGCUCAGACAGGUAUAGAUCCAUCUAUAAUGGGAGUAGGGCCCAUUUCAGCAAUAAAGCAAGCUAUUGAGAAAGCCAGCUGGACUCUGGAACAAGUUGACCUGUUUGAAAUUAAUGAAGCCUUUGCAUCGCUAUCUGUUGCAAUAGCAAAAGAACUGAAAGUAAAUCCAGAAAAGAUUAAUAUCCAAGGCGGAGCUAUUGCUCUUGGCCACCCUCUUGGCGCCUCUGGUUGUCGCAUCCUUGUUACUCUUCUACAUGCACUGGAACGAACAGGUGGAAAACGUGGUGUUGCUGCUCUGUGUAUAGGAGGAGGAAUGGGAAUAGCCAUGUGCAUCGAGAGAUGAGUGUGGAUGAAUGAAUAGCUAGUGCUAACUAGCUUUGAAACAGUUCACUAAUAAACUUCUAAUCACGGA